UACGACAAAAUGCAUACCUACCAUUUAAUACGAAAAAAGUACUGUUACUACUUUUGGUAAAUAGUAGGCAAAGAAAACAUUAAACACAGCCAACAUUUGACGUCUCCGAUUCGUUAUUCGUUUACCGUUGUUAGCCGAGUUAGACAAUUAUCAAGAUGGCUAGAGGCUUAAAAGUAAAAAUGCUGCAGAUAAUUGAUGAUAUUGAAUUAAUUUCAAAGGAAAUCAUUGAGAAAUUAAUUAAACCUCAAUGCACAGAAGAAUCGCUAAAAGAGCGUUCGGCUCUCGUUGAUCUUUUGCUGUAUAAACACAAGGAGCUUCAAGACUGCCAUGACAUUGCUCUGGAGCAAUGUGAGAUUCAAAACGAAAUUGAUAAAAUAAACGCAGAAAUUAAUGAAGUACAACGGGAAAUCGUUAAAGACAGUAAAAAAUUAAUGGAAGUCGAAGCAAAACUGACAAAUGCUGUAUAUGAUGUGCAACAAUGUUUAAAAACCUAUAAGGAGGCUAAACAACGACCCAUCGAUACAGAGGAAGCAAUAAAAUUUGCAUACGAGAUAGCAAAUAGUACAAAGGAACACCCGUAUCCCUCAUUAACUCAAAUGAAGGCAGGAUUCUUGGGAAAGUCAACUAAGGUUUCUGAUAUGGACUUAUCGGCAGAAAAAAACUCAGAUUCGUCCAGUGACAGUUCAUCUUCAGGUGGAUUGUAAAAUGGUUUAUGUCUGAAAUAGAUAUCCUAGAUUAUAUCCAUAUAAAAAAAAUACUUAUAACUUUCAAAAUAAUAUAAAUAGAGGUUUAAUUACUAUUAAAUUAAAAAAUUGCAAGAAAAUUGUUAAGUAAGCUUUAGUUUAAAAACACUU